CUAGCAUACAUUAGUUAAAAUCUUUUCUUCAAAUGUUCAAUAUUGGCAAGAAAAGGCCAGGUAUAAAUGUUUGCACAUCUACCUCCGACACUAAUGAUUUAACCGAUAAUGACGAUUAUGGAUCGGCUCAUACCCAACACGACCCUAUUAAUGUGGUUAAAGAUUCAGGCUCUACUAAUAAUAUGAUGGCAAAAUUUGUUGCCAAAAGUAAACAAUUUAACCUAGUUCAAUCAGAGCACUCUAGACUUAAAACUUCCAUAGAGGGAAUUACUCGAGAGCUGUACCAGGCUCAGGCCCAGAUCAUAUCAUGUAUUCGGCAGAAGAAUGAAAUGCAAAAGACUGUCACUGACAAAGAAAAAUUGCUUAUCAAAUGCAAAACAAUUCUCUCUGAAAUCAAAACUGAACAAGAAUCGCUAAAAAUGGCUAAUAGAAAGUGGUGGGCUGAUAGGUUCAGCGCACUUGACAGUUUGAGAUAUUUUCAAGAUAGAAUACGAGUACGGGAAGCCAUUAUCAAUAGGAACGAGAAGGAAUACAGGGACAUUGAGGAGCAUUUAGAAAAUUAUUGCAAGUACGAGAAAAUCUUAAUCCAAGAAAUUGAUCAACUGGGUAAAUUGAGAUUGAAAGAACUAAGGGAGAAGGAGGAAAAGGAAAAGCUACAAGAAGAAAUGAGAAGGAGAGGACAAAAAUCCGAUUCAAGGAUAGGUUUAAAGAACUUUCGGCAUAAUAAACAACAAGAUAGAAACCACUCUCCCUUCAAAAUGAAAAAAGCUUAUAGCGAUAAAAAUGAUAAAAGUACUGUAGCCGGUCUUUUUACUCUUGGUAGACACCAACCUAAUAUUGUUUUGGAGGCUUUAACCAUUCAAGGUGAUAAUAAAGGAAUUGCUGAAGGCGGGUACGAAAGCAAUUCUGAAGAUGAAUUUUUGGAUAUCAGGAAUAAAAAUAAAGAAAAAGGAAGUAAAAUACACAAGGCUAAAAAGGCUCAUAAAAUGCCCUCUUUCAAGUUUUCUAAACUCAAUCGGCUUUCCAUGUUUGGACAUAAAAAAACGAUUACAAAAGAUGAUGAUCACAAUUAG